AUGUGGCUUGUUUAAGGAGUUGUGCAUGUGAUAAAAUUUGCAGGUGUUGAGACUGACGACUAUGUAAAAUGCCAAUUUUGCCAAAAUACAUUAUAUCUAUCAGGAGUUUAGUUAAAUAUCUAAUUAUAGAAUAGGAGUGCGGUCUCUGCAGACCAUUAGGAUUUUGAAAUAUCAAGCAAGGCGAAUAGGAUGUAAAUGAUAGAAAUACUCAUAAAUAAUAAUAAUAUAACUCGUAAUCAUAAAUUUAAAAAUAAUAGAAAUGAAAAUUUUCCAUAUAACGCUGAAAAAUAUAAUCCUCGUUUAUAUGUUUUGAAGCGAUUUUAAUCAUUAAUAAAUAAAUAAAUAAUAAUUUGA